ACAGGUCCGCGCCGCCGGAGGAGCCACCCUCCACUUGGGUGUCUCCGGCAGCUUAACCUUCAGAGGACUGCUUACACCUGGAGGUGGCAGGUGAGAAUCAUGACACAGAAAGGCAGUAUGAAGCCUGCGAAGAAAAAGAAGACCGAAGAGCCUGAACUGGAGCCCCUCUGCUGCUGCGAGUACAUAGAUCAGGACGGGGAGAAGAACCACGUGGCUGCCUGUUUGUGUGACUGCCAAGACCUCGAUGAAGGGUGUGAAAGAUGGAUCACGUGCAAAUCCAUACGGCCAGAGACUUGCGAGCGAAUCGUGGAUACGAUUUCCGAUCGCCUCCGAAUUCCUUGGCUCAGGGGAGCCAGAAAGGUUAACAUUACCAUCAUCCCCCCCCUCAUCCUCCUGCCCGGCUUCCUCCACGUGGCCUCCUGGCAUUUCCUGCUGGGGGUGGUGGUGCUGACCGCCCUUCCUGUGCUGGCACUGUGGUACUACUACCUCACUCACAGACGGAAAGAACAGACUCUGUUCUUCCUGAGCCUCGGACUGUUCUCACUGGGCUACAUGUACUAUGUGUUCCUUCACGAAGUGGUCCCCAGAGGGCGUGUGGGGCCCACCCGCCUGGCCAUCCUUACCUGCGGGUUAUUUCUGAUACUCCUAGCCUUGUACCGAGCCAAGAAGAAUCCAGGCUACCUCCGGGACCCAGAGGGCGGCGAUCGUUUGUUCAGUAAGAGCCAGACAGAAGCACUGGACAGGAAGGGGCAGGAGAAGACCCAGGGGUUCUCGGCCGCAGACGUGGCAGGAAGUCUCAGCAUUCGAACCGGGAAGGAUGAGCUUAAGGACGCCGCCAAGCUGGCAGCUGGCAGCACCGCCAAGGUGAAGGAGGACUGGUGUGCCCAGUGCCAGCUGGUGAGGCCGGCCCGGGCGUGGCACUGCCGCCUGUGCGGUGUCUGUGUGAGGCGAAUGGAUCACCAUUGCGUCUGGAUAAAUAGCUGUGUUGGCGAGUCAAACCAUCAAGCAUUCAUACUUGCCCUUUUGAUCUUCUUGCUCACGUCGGUGUACGGGAUCACGCUCACCUUGGACACCAUCUGCAGGGACAGGAGUGUCUUCACCGCGCUCUUCUAUUGUCCGGGAGUUUACACCACUUACAGCUCGGCGCUGUCCUUCACCUGCGUGUGGUACUCUGCCAUCGUCACGGCGGGCAUGGCCUACAUCCUGCUGAUCCAGCUGAUCAACAUCAGCUACAACGUGACCGAGAGGGAAGUCCAGCAGGCCCUACGACAGAAGACAGGGCGCCGGCUCCUCUGCGGGCUCAUCGUGGACACAGGCCAGUACAGUCGGGGCUUCCUGCGCAACUGGCACCAGUUCUCCACCCUGGGCACCCGCGCUGCCCACCACCCCGCCGAGGACAUUGUCUGACGUGCCUUCCGAUGGGCCCAGGGGGCACUUCCGCCUCCGCAGGAUGCUCCUUUUCACCCCUGGUCUCAGUUUAAAGGCUUUCUAGGGGCCACGCUCAGGUGUAGACUGGACUGGAGUGUCCGACUUCCCGACGGAAGAGGUUUUUUGUAUCAAAGCUGUAAAAGAGCCAUUUCUCUCCGGUCACCUGAGUAGUCAACUUGGUGGCCAGGAGUCGAAGAGGAAGGGGUGCGCAAAAGCACAGACAGCUGCAGUGCCCACCCCACCCUCCAUGUAGGAGGGGUGGGGCUAGGGAGUGGGACCAGGUCCCAGUCCCUCUGAAGUCUUAUAGCCAUGCGAACUUUCAACUCUUCCUGGGUCUCAGGGUCACCUGCAAGGCGGGGUUCUGAUGCCUUCCUCAGUGUCCUCACAGACGGUGGGGAGCGCCACGGGUGGGCUGAGGCCUGGGGAUAGCAGCGGAAGCCCCUCAGGUGUGCAGUGUUGUUAGGAACAAUCCUAAGACUGAAGAGAAUGUGGGGAUGUCAGAAUACUGAAGCCAGUAUUAGGGUUCUUAGCAGUGCAGUGAAAGCACCCAUAUUGUACCAUGUUGUGCAGUGACAUGCUUCUUUUCGGAGUAUGAGAUGUUCACUACUCAAGGAGGGCAGGCAGAGCCCCGAUGGAGUCACAAGACAAUGCAUCUGGUCUUGAAAGGAUAGUAUGGUGAUAACCACAGCGGCGAUUACGGUUAGUGUCCAGUGAAGUCCAGGUGACGAGAUAGUUGGUAUUUCUCUAGUCUUACAUGUCUUAUCUGCUGUGCUCUGGGUUACUUAUAAAGGACUCCAGGAAGGAUUAA